AUGCCAUCAAUGGAUGGGGUGAAGAAUUCCUCCCCAUCUUACCAGUUUAUGCCAGAGGAUCCCUACAGGAAAUAUUGGAAUAGCACUGAGGACUACCUGACUUUCUUCUGUGGCCCCCGGAGAAGUCAUUUAUUCCUGCCCAUGACAGUGGUGUACACAUUGAUCUUUGUGGUUGGGGUCAUUGGCAAUCUUUUAGUAUGCCUAGUGAUUCUAAAACACCAGACUAUGAAGACACCUACCAACUAUUACCUUUUCAGCCUGGCCAUCUCAGACCUGUUGGUUCUGCUCUUCGGUAUGCCAUUAGAGAUCUAUGAAAUGUGGUACAAUUAUCCAUUCUUGUUUGGGCCGGUGGGCUGCUACUUCAAGACUGCUCUCUUCGAAACAGUGUGCUUUGCAUCCAUCCUGAGUGUGACCACAGUCAGUGUGGAACGGUAUGUGGCUAUCCUCCAUCCUUUCCGAGCCAAGUUGGAGAGUACACGGCGGCGGGCCCUGAGGAUCCUUGUCAUCCUCUGGGUCUUCUCCAUCCUCUUCUCCCUGCCUAAUACAGGCAUACAUGGCAUCAAGGUCCAUCACUUCCCCAAUGGGACCUUGAUCCCAGAAUCAGCCACCUGCACUGUGGUCAGACCCAUGUGGAUCUACAACUUUAUCAUCCAAGUGACUUCUUUCCUCUUUUAUGUCCUGCCCAUGGCCAUCAUGAGCAUCCUCUACUAUCUCAUGGGACUGAGACUUCGGAGAGACCAAUCUCUUGAGGCCGAAGAAAUGGCUGCAAAUGUUCAGAGACCCUCCAGAAAAUCAGUCACGAAGAUGCUGUUCAUCUUGGUCUUGGUAUUUGCUAUCUGCUGGACUCCAUUCCAUGUUGAUCGGCUCUUCUUCAGCUUUGUAGAAGAAUGGACCGAAUCUCUGGCUUCAGUGUUCAACCUUAUCCAUGUGAUAUCAGGUGUUUUCUUCUACCUGAGCUCUGCCGUGAACCCAAUCAUCUACAACCUGCUCUCCCACCGAUUCCGUGCAGCGUUCCUACAUGUGAUCUCCCCCUUGUGCAAGCACUGGUACCCAAAGCAUUCCCCGGGUGGGCCCCCUGCUCAGCAGGACAUCUUCCUUCAUCAGGAAUGCCAUCUUGCGAAUGAAGAUACCAGCCCCACAUUUCCUCACAGCACAGCAAUCUGCAGCUCCCAUUUGUCCACCAUUCUCUGA